AUGGAGCCCUUUUCCUUUGCAAGCUCCGACGCCCUCGACUAUCCGGUCAGCAUUCGCAUCAUCAACCUCGAAGGCGACGAAACUCCAUACCUCCACUCCACGCUCCUCGAGAAGCCGGAGCUUCGGCAUAUAGGCUCGAAUGCCCAGGCAAACUCGGACCUUUAUGCGACAGUCCAACUCUGGGCCGGGUCGAAACCUCUGACGGUGCCCGUGCAGACGGCAUACAAGGCAUUCAGGUCAGAGAGGAAGUGGAAUGAAUGGCUGACCCUUCCAAUAAACUAUGCCAGCCUUCCUGUCAACUCACAUCUCGCCAUCACGCUAUGGGAUCUAUCCCCCACAGGCGGCAAGCAGGCGCAGGGACACUCCAUACCCUUUGGUGGGACGACCCUGCCUCUGUUCGACAAGGACAACCAGCUGCAGAAAGGCAGGCAGAAGUGCUUUGUGCACCGGCAGCAAAAAGCAGACGGCAAUGACAACUCAACAACUCCGGCAACCCUACCCAAGAAGCGUGGCGGGUCAAAGAAGGGCGAGGUGACGGCCGUGGACAAGGAUACGGAAGAGCUCGAGCGGAUGGAGCGGCUGUUCAAGAAACACGAGAUGGGCGAGAUACCGAGAGUCGACUGGCUAGACCAGCUGGUGUUUCGAGGGUUCGAGAGGCGUGGAUUGCAAGCUGCCAAGACGUCUCUAAAGACUUUACAGCGGCAGCGGACUGCGCAGAAUGGCACUGGAGUCGAGAACGGCACCGACGAUGGAGCCACGGGCAAGGAUUCCACAGAGCAACGACCUGGGCCUUCAAGGUUCAUGCUCAAUAUCGAACUACCACGUUUCGAUUUCCCGAUCGUGUUUGCGGAUCACGAAUACCCGCCCCCUCCAGUCUCAUCUCUACAGCACAUGUCCUCGUCACAAUCCAACAUCAUACUGAAACCGCCCCCGGAAGUCCAAUUUGGGCCUGGUAUAAACAGCUUGGGUGAAGCCGGUGGCGGAUUUGGUAGUCGACUCAUACGAGUCUAUGACCCCGAGGUCGGGGCUCGGGACAACCCGGCAGAGAGCAAACACCGGAGGCUCGUGCGAAGUCAGCAUCGCCAGGGCAUACUGGACAAAGAUCUGAAGCCGAAUGCCAAAGUGCGAGAUGAGCUGAAUAUGAUCAUGUCGUAUUCUCCCGCUCAUCCGCUCUCGCCGGAGGAGAAGGAUCUUGUUUGGAAGUUCCGCUACCAUCUCACGAGGGACAAGAGGGCGCUCACCAAAUUUGUCAAGUCGGUCAACUGGCAGGACCUCAGCGAGUCCAAACAGGCAGUCCAGGUCCUUGGCAGAUGGACCGAUAUUGACGUUGACGAUGCCUUGGAGCUCUUGGGGCCGACAUUCGACAAUCACGCUGUCCGUGCCUUUGCUGUAGAGCGGCUACGAAAGGCUGACGAUCACGAACUAUUGCUCUACUUGCUCCAGUUGGUGCAGGCACUCAAAUUCGAGCAUAUCUCCACUGAAAACAACCAAGAGGCCACGCACGACUCUUCGCUUGCUCGAUUCCUCAUCUCCAGAGCGGCACGUAACUUCAUGCUGGGCAACUAUUUCUACUGGUAUCUGAUGGUCGAAUGCGACGACAAGAGCCAGGAACAGGGCCCCGAGUAUCGCAAGAUCUUCCGCAAGGUAGCCUACGACUUCAUGAUGGAACUAGAGAGGCUACCUGGCGGCAAGGAUACGCGCAAAGUCCUCUUGCGACAGGCAGAAUGGAUCGCCAUCCUCUCAAAGAUCUCGGGCGAGAUCAAGGAGUCAAAUGAGUCGAUCGCGCGCCGGUCGGAACGGGUCAAGCAUUUCUUGGCGGACCCGAAGAACGAACUCGUCAAUAUUGAUCCUCCUCUUCCUCUCCCGCUCGAUCCUUCGAUAGAGAUUGUCGGCGUCGCCCCUGAGGAUACAGUGGUCUUCAAGUCCUCCCUGCACCCCAUCAAGGUAUCCUUCAAAACGUCCAACGGACGCAAAUACCCAAUUCUGUUCAAGACAGGCGACGAUCUACGGCAAGAUCAGCUUGUCAUCCAGAUCAUCACCCUCAUGGACCAGCUCCUGCAGAAAGAGAACCUAGACCUCAAACUAUCUCCGUACAAGAUCCUAGCCACCAGCACCAGCGCAGGCCUGACGCAGUUCGUCUCGUCCAUGAGCUUCCAGGGCAUCACCUCCAAGUACCGGACCAACCCGGCCCUCGCCUACCUCAAGCAGAACAACCCCGACGACCGCGCGCCGCUGGGCCUCCGCAAGGAGACGCUCGACAUCUUUGUCAAGUCGUGCGCCGGCUACUGCGUCAUCACCUACAUCCUCGGCGUCGGCGACCGCCACCUCGACAACCUGCUGCUCGCGCCCGACGGGCACUUCUUCCACAUCGACUUUGGCUUCAUCCUCGGCCGCGACCCGAAGCCCUUUGCGCCGGCCAUGAAGCUGUCCAAGGAGAUGGUCGACGCCAUGGGCGGCAGCGGCUCCGAGCCCUACCGCCAGUUCCGCCAGUACUGCUUCCUGGCCUACUCGGCGCUGCGCAAGUCGAGCAACCUCAUCCUCAACCUGUUCAGCCUCAUGGUCGACGCCAACAUCCCCGACAUCCGGCUCGAGCCCGACAAGGCCGUGCUCAAGGUCAAGGACAGGUUCCACCUGGAGCUGACGGAGGAAGAGGCCAUACGGCAUUUUGAGCGGGUCAUUGACGACAACCUGAAUGCCAUUGUGCCAGUUGUGAUUGACAGGCUGCAUGAGUUUGUGCAGGCUUUCAGGGCUUAG